AUGUGCAAGUACCUCGACAAUGCUGAGCCACGCAUUCCCUGGCGAACUGGCACUUGGCAGUUCAUCUCCGCGGACCUUCUUCGCAAGCCGACGAUGAAGACACACGCCCUUCGCGAUGAUCUUGAGUCGUUCUUGUGGUUACUACUCUAUAUUAUCCUGCGCUAUCAUUACCGGUUACCGAACUUGGCAGAUCGCUCCGGUGCCAGUGCCGAUACUGGUGGUACGCCACCACUACCGGAGGGCGUCACGAUGGACGACGACGACGAUGACAUCUACUCGCUGCCUGAACCACCUCGCCCACUCGGAGAACAACAGCCUGUCUCACGCAUGACCUACAUGGACUGGUCGGCACUUCAAGCUUACGUUCACUUCCUAUUCGACAACUCCGUCGUAGAGGGAGAGGAGAUCCCGAUCGGAGGCCAGCGAAAGGUAGACUUCUUCUUCGAGUCUGCCACGCACCCAGACGACGAGCAGAUCGCGUGCGCCAUCGACGACGCUUCUCGCAAGAUCCCCGCUCCGCUUGCGAAGCUGAUCUCGAGACUCCGCGCUUUGUUCAGGCCUAUAUAUAAGGCUCAGGACCCAUCGGCAUACGAGCAAGAAAAACUUUCUUCGGCGUACUUCGUCGCGCUAUACUUCAAGGAGGCGCUUCAGAGCCGGGGUUGGCACGCUGACGACGCGGCUGAGACCGACCACUUCGUGUUCGAGAACCCAACACGCCAGACGUCGAGCCGAGCUUCGAAGCCUCGCAAAGCACCUUCUAAGCCUAGCACGUCGCCCAGUGGCCAGAAGCGCAAACUGGAUGCUGUGCUUGAGGAAGACGAGCUCGAGGAUGACCAGGAGCCUGAAUCGCUGAAGAAGCGCUCGAGGCGUUCAAGCCGCUUGACCUCGUCGGACUUCGCUCGCAAGCCACCGACUAAUCGGGUCACGACUGCGCCACAAGCUCUCGAUAUCCACGGCCGCGAGCGCUAG